AUGGCGACACGGAGCUCUGGCGGGGCCGGCCGUGCCGCCCCGCUCCCCCGCCGGCUGCUGCCGCUGCUGCUGCUGCUGCUGCCGGCGGCCGCGGGCUCCCGCUCGCCGCUGCUGCUGCUCCGAGCCCCGCCGGCCCCCGCCGCCCCCGCCGAGCCCCCGCGGGGCCGCCGAGCCGCGCCGCGCCCGCCCGAGCCCAUCCAGGUGUACGGACAGGUCAGCCUCAAUGAUUCCCACAAUCAGAUGGUCGUUCACUGGGCAGGAGAGAAGAGCAACGUGAUUGUGGCCUUGGCCAGGGACAGCCUGUCCUUGCUGGGUCCCAAAAACAGCGAUGUUUAUGUGUCCUAUGACUAUGGGAAGAGUUUUAAGAAGAUUUCAGAGAAGUUCAGCUUUGAUGGGGGGAACAGCAGCGAGGUGGCCAUCGCCCAGUUCUACCACAGCCCGGCUGACAACAAGAGGUAUAUCUUUGUGGAUGCCUUCGCCCCGUACCUCUGGAUCACCACCGACUUCUGCAACACCAUCCAAGGCUUCUCCAUCCCCUUCAGAGCAGCAGAUCUCCUUCUGCACAGCAGGAACCCCAACCUCCUCCUGGGCUUCGACAGGUCUCACCCUAAAAAACAGCUCUGGAAAUCAGAUGACUUUGGCCAGACCUGGAUAAUGAUUCAGGAACACGUGAAGUCUUUUUCUUGGGGGGUUGAGCCCUACGACAAACCCACCAUGGUGUACAUCGAGCGGCACGAGCCCUCGGGGGCCUCGACGGUCAUCCGCAGCACAGACUUCUUCCAGAGCCGGGAAAACAAGGACAUAAUCCUGGAAGAUGUUGAAGACUUCCAGCUCAGGGACAAAUACAUGUUUGCAACCAAGUCUGUGCGUUUGCUCGGCAGCUCACAGCCACCCUCGGUCCAGCUCUGGGUCUCCUUCAACCGCAAGCCCAUGCGGGUGGCACAGUUCGUUACCAAGCAUCCAAUUAAGGAAUAUUACAUUGCUGAUGCCUCGGAGGACCAGGUGUUUGUGUGUGUCAGCCACGACAACAACCGCACCAACCUCUACAUCUCGGAGGCAGAGGGCCUGAAGUUCUCCCUGUCUCUGGAAAACGUGCUCUACUACAGCCCAGGGGGAGCUGGCAGCGACACCUUGGUCAGGUACUUUGCCAACGAGCCCUUCGCGGAUUUCCACCGCGUGGAGGGCGUGCGGGGCGUCUACAUCGCCACGCUGAUCAACGGCUCCUUCAGCGAGGAGAACAUGCGCUCCGUCAUCACCUUCGACAAGGGUGGCACCUGGGAGCUGCUGCAGCCCCCUGCACAGACCCGAUACGGGGAGCACAUCGACUGCCAGUUGUCCCAGGGCUGCUCUCUCCACCUGGCCCAGCGCCUGAGCCAGCUGCUGAAUUUCCAGCUGCGCAGGAUGCCCAUUCUCUCCAAGGAGUCGGCGCCAGGACUGAUCAUUGCCACUGGCUCCAUUGGCAAGAACAUGGCAAGGAAAACCAAUGUUUAUGUCUCGAGCAGUGCUGGAGCAAGGUGGAGAGAGGCACUGUCUGGACCCCACUACUACACCUGGGGUGACCACGGUGGAAUUCUGGUGGCCAUCGCCCAGGGCACCGAGACCGACCAGCUCAAGUACAGCACAAACGAAGGGGAAACCUGGAAAGUCUUCACGUUCUCGGAGAAGCCGGUGUUUGUGUACGGCCUCCUGACGGAGCCCGGAGAGAAGAGCACCAUAUUCACCAUCUUUGGCUCCUACAAGGAGAAUGGCCACAGCUGGCUGAUCCUGCAGAUCAACACCACCGACGUGCUGGGGGUCCCUUGCACAGAGAACGACUACAAGCUGUGGUCACCCUCGGACGAGCGAGGCAAUGAAUGUUUGCUGGGGCAUAAAACCGUUUUCAAAAGGAGGACUCCUCAUGCAACCUGCUUCAAUGGGGAAGAUUUUGACAGGCCUGUCAUGGUCUCCAACUGCUCUUGUACAAGGGAGGACUUUGAAUGUGAUUUUGGCUUCAAACUGAGCGAUGACUUGUCCUUAGAAGUUUGUGUCCCUGACCCUGAGUUUGCUGGGAAGCCCUAUGACCCACCAGUCCCUUGCCCUGUUGGCUCAACCUACAAGAAGACUCGAGGCUACAGGAAGAUCUCUGGGGACACUUGCACGGGUGGAGACAUCGAGUCGCGGCUGGAGGGGGAGCUGGUGCCGUGCCCGCUGGCGGAGGAGAACGAGUUCAUUCUCUACGCCACCCGCUACUCCAUCCACCGCUACGACCUGGCCUCGGGAGUCAGCGAGGAGCUGCCCCUGGCCGGGCUCAGGGGGGCUGUGGCCCUGGAUUUUGACUACGAGCACAACUGCCUGUACUGGGCUGAUGUCACUCUGGACAUCAUCCAGCGUCUCUGUCUCAAUGGCAGCUCUGGGCAGGAAAUAAUCAUAAGCACUGGGUUGGAAACAGUGGAAGCUUUGGCUUUUGAACCUAUCAGCCAGCUGCUCUACUGGGUCAACGCUGGGAUUCCCAAAAUCGAGGUUGCCAAUCCAGAUGGAGACCUGAGACUCACCGUCCUCAACUCCUCGAUACUGGAGCGACCCAGAGCCCUGGCUCUGGUUCCCAAAGAUGGGUUGAUGUUCUGGACAGACUGGGGGGACUCCAGGGCUGGCAUCUACAGAAGUGACAUGGACGGGUCGCUGGCCGGCUGCAUCGUCUCGGAGGGCGUGCGGUGGCCAAACGGCAUUUCCGUGGAUGACCACUGGAUCUACUGGACCGAAGCCUACAUGGACAGGAUCGAGAGGGUUGAUUUCAAUGGGAUGCAGAGAUCUGUGAUCCUGGACAGCCUCCCUCACCCCUAUGCCAUUGCUGUGUUUAAGAAUGAAAUCUACUGGAACGACUGGUCACAGCUGAGUAUCUUCAGAGCAUCCAAAAACAGCGGCUCCAGGAUGGAGAUCUUGGUCGGCCGACUGAACGGGAUCAUGGAUAUGAAAAUCUUUUACAGAGGAAAGACAACAGGGCAGAACGCCUGCAUCACCCGGCCCUGCAGCCUGCUCUGCCUGCCCAGGUCCAACAACGGCCGCAGCUGCAAGUGCCCCGAGGGGGUGGCCAGCACCGUGCUGCCCAGCGGGGAGCUCAGCUGUGACUGUCCCCACGGCUACACCAUGAGGAACAACACCUGCAGGAAGGAAGAGAACACGUGCCUGCCCAACCAGUACAGGUGCUCCAACGGGAACUGCAUCAACAGCAUCUGGCAGUGUGACAACGACAACGACUGCGGGGACAUGAGCGACGAGAAGAACUGCCCAACCACCGUGUGCGACACCGAGACCCAGUUCCGCUGCCAGGGCUCGGGGACCUGCAUCCCUCUGUCCUACAAAUGUGACCUGGAGGAUGACUGUGGGGACAACAGCGAUGAAAGUCACUGUGAGGCUCACCAGUGCAGGAAUGAUGAGUUCAGCUGCAGCUCGGGGAUGUGCAUCCGUCUGUCCUGGAUGUGUGAUGGGGAUAACGACUGCAGGGACUGGUCUGACGAAGCAAACUGCACUGUUUAUCACACCUGUGAGGCCUCCAGCUUCCAGUGCCACAACGGCCACUGCAUCCCGCAGCGCUGGGCGUGUGACGGUGACGCCGACUGCCAGGACGGCUCUGACGAGGACCCUGCCAACUGUGAGAAAAAGUGCAACGGCUUCCAGUGCCCCAAUGGCACCUGCAUCCCCACCAGCAAACACUGCGAUGGCAUCAACGACUGCUCUGACGCCUCUGACGAGCAGCACUGCGAGCCCCUGUGCACCCGCUACAUGGAUUUCGUGUGCAAGAACCGGCAGCAGUGCUUGUUCCACUCCAUGGUGUGCGACGGCAUCAUCCAGUGCCGCGACGGCUCUGACGAAGAUGCCGGCUAUGCCGGGUGCUCCCAGGACCCCGAGUUCCACCGGACCUGUGACCAGUUCAGCUUCCAGUGCCAGAAUGGCGUGUGCAUCAGCCUGGUGUGGAAGUGUGAUGGGAUGGAUGACUGCGGCGAUUACUCUGACGAAGCAAACUGUGAAAACCCAACAGAAGCCCCGAACUGCUCCCGGUACUACCAGUUCCAGUGUGGGAAUGGGCACUGCAUCCCCAACCGCUGGAAGUGCGACGAGGAGAACGACUGUGGGGACUGGUCUGAUGAGAGGGACUGCGAGGGAUCUCCAGUUCAUCCCAUUACCACGCUGAUCCCCCCGACGUGCCUGCCCAACCAUUUCCGCUGCAACAGCGGCGCCUGCAUCAUGAACAGCUGGGUGUGUGACGGCUACAGGGACUGCACUGACGGCUCUGACGAAGAGGCCUGUCCCACCUCAAGACCCAACGUGACAGCCACGUCCCCAGUGCUGCCAGGGCGCUGCAGCCGCUUCGAGUUCGAGUGCCAGCAGCUGCACAAGUGCAUUCCCAACUGGAAGAGGUGUGAUGGAGUGAGGGACUGCCAGGAUGGCACGGACGAGAGGAACUGCCCCACUCAGAGCAGCCUGUUGUGCCCCAGUGGUUUCAGAUGUGAGGAUGGGGAGGCCUGCAUCAUGCAGACAGAGCGCUGUGAUGGAUACCUGGACUGCUCAGACAGCAGCGAUGAGAGGAACUGCACAGAUGAUACAAUGGUGUACAAAGUCCAGAACCUGCAGUGGACGGCUGAUUUCUCUGGUGAUGUCACCCUGACAUGGGCUCGGCCAAAAAGGAUGUCCUCGACCUCCUGUGUCUACAACAUCUACUACAGGAUGGUCGGUGAGAGCAUCUGGAAGAUCUUGGAGACCCACAGCAACAAAACCAACAGCGUUUUGAAGGUCCUCAAGCCCGACUGCUCCUACCAGGUGAAGGUGCAGGUGCAGUGUCUGAGCCGGGUCUACAACACCAACGACUUCAUCACGCUGCGGGCGCCCGAAGGACUGCCAGAUGCUCCCCUCAACCUUCAGCUGUCUCUGAAGAAAGAAGAGGAGGGUGUGGUGAUGGGCUGGUGGAGUCCCCCCGUGAACGCCCACGGCCUCAUCCGGGAAUUCAUCGUGGAAUACAGCAGCAGUGGAUCCAAGGAGUGGUCAUCCCUCAGAACCAACAAGAACUACACUGAGAUCAAGAACUUACAGGUCAACACUCUCUACACAGUCAGAGUUGCUGCAGUGACCAGCAGAGGGGUGGGAAACUGGAGCGAAUCCAAAUCCAUAACCACCGUCAAAGGCAAAGUCAUUCCUCCCCCUGUCAUCCACAUUGAGAGCUACAGCGAGGACUCCGUAAGUUUCAGCCUAAAAAUGACCACGAAUAUCAAGGUCAGUGGCUACGUGGUCAACAUCUACUGGACAUUUGAUACCCACAGGCAGGAAAAAAGGACUUUGGUCAUAGAAGGAGAAAAGUCCAUCCAGAAAGUGGCCAAUUUGACAGCACACACCCCCUAUGAAAUUUCUGCUUGGGCUAAGACGGAGCUGGGUGACAGCCCUCUGUCUUUUGUGCAUGUGGUGACCAGUGGCACAAGGCCUGCGUCCCCAAGCCUCAAGGCCAAGGCCAUCAACCAGACGGCCGUGGAAUGCAGCUGGACCGGCCCCAGGAAUGUGGUCUACGGCAUCUUCUACGCCACGUCCUUCCUGGAGCUGUACAGGAGCCCCCACAACAGCACCACCAGCGCCCACAACAUCACGGUGCUGGUGCAGCGGGACGAGCAGUACCUGUUCCUGGUGCGGGUGAUGUCUCCCUACCAGGGGCCCCCCUCUGACUACGUGGUGGUGAAGAUGAUCCCGGACAACCGGCUGCCCCCGCGGCACCUGCACUCCGUGCACACCGGCAAGACGUUCGCCGUCAUCAAGUGGGAAUCGCCCUACGACUCACCCGACCAGGAUAUGCUCUAUGCUGUGGCAGUUAGAGAUUUGGUGAGGAAAACAGAUAAAAUCUACAAAGUGAAAAGCAGGAACAGCACGGUGGAGUACACCAUAAAGAAGCUGGAGCCAGGAGGGAAAUACCACGUGAUUGUCCAGCUGGGAAACAUGAGCAAGGAAUCCAGCAUGAAAAUCAACACAGUCCCCCUGUCUGCACCAGAUGCCUUAAAAAUCAUCACUGAAAACGACCAUAUUCUGCUUUUCUGGAAGAGUUUGGCGUUGAAGGAAAGCAAUUUCAAUGAAAGCCGGGGCUACGAGAUUCACAUGUUUGACAGCUUGAUGAACAUCACAGCCUACCUGGGCAACACCACAGACAACUUCUUCAAGGUGUCCAACCUGAAGAUAGGCCACAACUACUCGUUCAGCGUGCAGGCCCGCUGCCUGUACGGGGGGCAGAUGUGUGGGGAGCCGGCCACGCUUCUCUACGAUGAGCUGGGAACGGGUAAAGACUCCUCUGCCGCCAAAUCCGGCCGAGGCACGGACGUGGCUGCCAUCGUGGUGCCCGUGCUGUUCCUGCUGCUGGUGACCCUGGGCAUUGGUUUUGUGCUGCUCUACAUGAGGCACAGGAGGCUCCAGAACAGCUUCACUGCCUUCGCCAACAGCCACUACAGCUCCCGCCUGGGCUCGGCCAUCUUCUCCUCGGGGGAUGAUCUGGGAGAUGAGGAUGAUGAAGCCCCAAUGAUAACUGGAUUUUCAGAUGACGUCCCCAUGGUCAUCGCCUGAAGCGCAUUUCCGACUGUACAAAACCAAAUGGUGUAAAUAUUUUAUUUGAUAAAAAUAGUUGAUUGUUUAUUUUAAAAAUGCACUUUGAGUUGCAAUACGUUAUUUUUAUAUGGGCCAAAAAAAAGAAAAAAAUAAUAAUAAUUUUAAGAAUACACUUUGUAGUAAUCAACUGUGAAUUGCAGACUAGGUUGGUUGAGUAACAAAUUGCUUUGAUUUAACAUUAAUUUAGUCUUACAAGGCUAUGCUUGCUGGGCAUGCUUUUAAGUCUGUGAGAUACUUUCCGUUGACUAAAUUGGCUACUCAUUUUAUUUUUCUAAGACAAGAAUAAAUUUAUUUAAAAAAAAAAAUAAAAAUUCAGGAGAUUAUAUAUGUAGAGAGAGAUAAUAUAGUCCCUGAAGGUUUUGCUUUUACUUUAGGACUAAAAAAAAAAAAAAAAAAAAAACCAACAAAAAAAAUUCCUUUGGACUUUGUUUUAUAUGAAAGUAUUUUUGUUGUGUUAAUUUAUUGGGAAAUCUGCUGUGGAACAGAUUUCCAGAGUCGUCAGACAUUGUACACAUUCUCGUGUAGAACAUGUGCCACUUUAUCGUGCAAGGCAGUCCUAUCUUGGCAUCCCCAUCAUUGUCCUUGCCAUGAUAAUAAAACCCCUCAUUUUCACAGUUUUUCUCCCUUUUAAAAGACUCAAUCUUUGAGUGAUCUUAAGGCACAGCAGCACAUUUUUUUAGGGGUGAGUUUUAACUUCCUGCUGCUGUGGGAAGUCAAAAAUAUCCCCACACUGAGAUGUGCUGCCCAAACCCCUCCUGCUGCUGCCCCUGCCCAUCACACAGGGCUUAAUUAAUCUGUUUAAUUAAUCUGGAGCUCACCACCUCCAUGUCACUGAAACAAAAAAUUGCCACUUGCACCUUAAAACUCAUGUCCCAGGUAUUUUUUGGAUACCUCUCCUCCGUGGAGCUUCCCUCAGACACCAGCACGGUGGAGGGAUGGAAGGGGGAGCCUCCAGUGUGUGCAAAUCCAGAUUUUCCACACUCACACGGAGAGAUAAUUACUGAAAAUUUAAAUUAAUUUAGCCCACAGCAGGGAUCUGAUGCUCCCUCAUCGGAAUUUCCAAAAAAGCAGCUGUAGUUUUACCUACAGCUUUAGAAAUAAUAUAAAUACACACACACACAUAGAUGUUAUUUUCUCAUCUCACAUUCCCAGCAGACACAAUACUGGCUGCAGAGCCAAAUGCAAAAAGUCUGCUUGCCACUGUUUGGAGCUUUGAUUUUGUGACAGCAAAACAUGAAUUUCACCAAAAAAAAAAAAAAAAAAGUGAACCUCACCACUACCUGCCAAGCCAGGAGCACGACAGGAGAGGAUGUUCAGGGCUUUCCCCUGGCCGUGCUCGAUAUAUGCAAAACUUCUCACCAGGAAAUACAGCACACUGUCUUGUCACACUGUUUUUGUGAAAAACAAAGGUAUUUUUGCUGUGUAAAUUAAGUUAUAAUUGCAGUCUUCCUACAGAUGAAACGAGAGAGGCCAACUAUGUUUUGAUACGCGACUGAUCCGUUUAAUUUCGCAAUAGAAAAAUGUAUAAAAAAAAAAAAAAGUUGAAGUCUGGAUGGUUUGAUACUCUAGAGAAAUACUGACUCUAUUUUCAACUACUGGUGUUAGCAUUCCCAGUGACAGAUUCCCCCCUCCCAAGCUGGGACCAAACUAGAAUCAGAUUUUUAUAAGUAGCAGCAAGCUCGCAGAGUUGCAAUAUUUUUACCUUGUCAGUGGAUCAGGUGCUGUUCAGGAGUUGAAAUUUUGAGUAAAAUCAACCCACACAGCUCAAUUUGCCUGGAGUUACAGCUACACAGAGAGACCAGACUCUGACCCAGAGGCUAAACCAGUCUCAAAAACAUAAAUCAAAAGAUUCUAUGCAGGAGAGGAAGCCUAAAAACAGAGAUAAAGAGUAUUCAACCCUUUCUUUAGAAAGUAAUUUUUUUAACACAGAUGACUAAAAGCUACGAUGUAGCAUCCCAAAAUCUGGUGCCUCUCUAGUGGGGGUUAGGGGUGGUUAAAUUCUGAUAUUUUACUCCCCCAGGGUAAAUCCUGCUGCAGUAAAAGGAGCAGAAUUUAGAGUCCAGCCCAUCUCUGUGUAGCCAGAUGCCAAGGCAGACCCUUGUAACCAAUUUAAAUCCUGCAGAAACCCCUUGGCUGGAGAUUUCCAAGCAUCACCCAGGGGACAGGUCACUCCUGGCCUCUCUGAACGGCUCCUGGCUUGGGGACACUCAUGCAGAGCAAAGCAUUUUGUACCCAAAACCCAACACUCCUGGUUCACUCCCAAACGCAGCGUGGGCAGAGCAGAGCCCUCUGUGGAGUCACCCCUGCGUGCCCAGGGGUUUGGGGACACUGCAAAGCCCUUGUGGGGACAGCACUGGCACUCAGAGCUGUCCCCAGCCCUCCCCUUCACUGCAAAAAUCACCACUGUGCUCUCAGCAAAGCAACUUUCACAGGGCUAGUGUAUUUUAUAUAUAGAAAUAGAGAAGUCUGGGCUCCAGGUGGGGAGUAAUCGAUGCAGUUCUGGGGUAAAUUGUAUAUUUUUAUGAACUUUUGAAGCACGGAAUCUUGUUCACGGAGACAUACAGGGGGUGGGAGGGUUCUGCUGUAAAUAUGGUAGGUGGAUGUGGAUGUAUAUUUUGUUCUGGUUUCAUUUCAGUAGCCUUAUGUGAUGUGACAUGACUUGCUACCCUAAUUUUCGGGAGGUGAUCUGGGUUUGCUUUAUAGGAACCCAGCAAAAUGUUUGGAUCUGUAUGGAAAACAAAACAAAACAAAAAGGGUAUGGAAAAUACCCUGGCUAGGAGGAACUUCCACCAGUUAAUUUGUGUUUGCACCCAUUUCAGAUGCCCAUGGGUACUCUCAAGUCCAUUUGAACAAAAGACUAAGGUCAAACACGAAAAUCUGUUGAGAUUUUGGCCAUGAGGCUUCUUUUGCUUUGGCUCAGUCUUUUUGUGAGGUUUUCUUUUUUUGAGCUGGGGGUUUGGUUUUUACAAGGAAGGACAAGGAGGUACCAUUUCCCAGGCUGGCGACCUAUUAAAGGUUAAAAAAAGGCUCUUUUCAGUCUGAAUAAACCCCAUCUCUGGGUUGCCAGCCCUGUAAAACUCCCUGAACCCAGCAAGAGCAGAGCCCAGGCAGGAAGCAGCUGGAGCAGGAGCUUCCAGCCCCUCUGGGGUUUGGCUGGGGUUUUCCUGUACCCCAGGAAAACUGCAAGAGGAUUUCAGAGAGGGGUGAAAUGCGGGCUGAAAAGCCCUGCAGGUAUUUCAUGUGCAGGAGAGCUGCGAGGUCAGGCCUGGCUCACCCUGCCCUGGCUUGUUCCAGCUGCUCCAGCGUUAGGAGACAGCUGCAGGCUCAGCCCUGGGAAAAGCCUCUUUUCCUUGGAGCCAGAGCAGGUCAGGGAGAUGUUUGGGAGCUCAGAGCCAGCAGGAAGGGGAGAGCAGAGAGGCAGAGAUGGCUGCCAGCAUCCACACCUUGUGGCCAAAGGGGAUUUGUGUUUGAUGGCCACCUUGGUGGUCACCACGUUAUUUCACUCCUCCUGUUUCCAGAGUCACUGAAACCUCACCUUCCCCACCAGGGAACCCCCACCUGAGCCAAGGAAAGUCUCCCUGAGCAGAAUUCUCAUUCCUGGCAGGGCAGAGCUCAGUGUGAGCAUCUCCACGCUUAGAACCAGAGUAUAUUGAAAGGCAAACUUCACCUACUCGCUGAUGGAAAAGUAAAAUGUCAUUUUUUUCUGCAAAAAAAGAACCUUUUCUGAAACAGCUUUCAAGUCUCCUUCAAAUGGACUUGAGAAGGGAAAUGGUGCAAUAACUCAGCUACUCAUGGACCCCAAGAGCAUCUUCAUCCCUGGAAAUAGCUGUAACAUUAUGAUUAACCCUUCCAAACUUGCAUCAGUCCACAAGCAGCCAGCCUCUAAUAGAGGUAGUGUCACCUUUUAAUCAGGUUCUUUAAGUGAAGUUUAAUGUUACAUUAUUUGAAUUGCUACUCUGUGUCCUUUAUUGGUUUGUUUGUUUGUUCUGUUUGUUUUCAUUCACUGAUUUCUGCUAUAUAUUAUUGCACAAUUUUGAAGGAAUUUUUGUCCAUUUUUUUUCCCCCCCCCCACUUAAUGAUAAUAAUAAAAAUGGAUUGGGUAAACAAA